AUGGAGAGUAACAAUCAGACCUCCCCCGUGACCCGCUUCAUUCUCCUGGGCCUCUCUGCUCACCCAAAGCUGGAGAAAACCUUCUUCCUGCUCAUCCUGCUGAUGUACCUGGUGAUCCUGCUGGCCUGUGCGGUGCAGAUGUUUCUCUCCUUUGCCAUGGGAGCCACAGAGUGUGUGCUCCUGAGUAUGAUGGCGUUUGAUCGCUAUGUGGCCAUCUGCAACCCCCUUAGGUACCCAGUGAUCAUGAGCAAGGCUCUCUACAUGUCUAUGGCCAUCAGUUCCUGGGUGUCUGGAAUUAUCACAGCCACAGUGCAGACAUCUUUGGCAAUGCGGCUGCCUUUCUGUGGGGACAAUGUCAUCAAUCACUUCACCUGUGAGAUCCUGGCUGUCCUAAAACUGGCCUGCGCCGACAUCACCAUCAAUGUCAUCAGCAUGGGGGUGGCUAAUGUGAUGUUUUUGGGACUCCCAGUGCUCUUCAUUUUUGUCUCCUAUGUCUUCAUCCUCGUGACCAUCCUGAGGAUCCCCUCCGCCGAGGGGAGGAGGAAGGCCUUCUCCACCUGCUCUGCCCACCUCACUGUGGUCAUUGUCUUCUAUGGGACCAUCCUCUUCAUGUACGGGAAGCCCAAGUCCAAGGACCCACAGGGGGCAGACAAACAGGAUGUUUCAGACAAACUCAUCUCCUUAUUUUAUGGGGUGUUGACCCCCAUGCUGAACCCCAUCAUCUACAGCCUAAGGAACAAGGAUGUGAGGGCUGCUAUCCAGGAAAUACUGCAAAAGAGAAAAAUACUGAAAAGGGCCAAUAAUAUGGCUCAUCAGGGAAAGGGCUGCUUUCUGACCACUGGAGAAGGCAUCCUUCUCGGUUCAUCCUGUGCAGGUGACCCUUUCUCUGGGUGUGGCUCUUAA